AUGCCAGUAACCACAAUAUCUUCCAACACGCGGGCCUCUCGGUCGCGUUUUUCGAGUCCGCAAGUCACGGCGUCCGAGUCCACCACAAAGGAGUCUUCGGCCGCCGCCGUCUCUGCUGCCGAGGGCAGAGAGCCAAAGAAGAGCACUUUCUUGGAGCGCUGGUUGGAGCCUCCAGUGCAGAGCAAGCCCAGUUAUCAGGAAGCAGGCCUUGUGCGGCAGGGCGUCUUUGACAAUAUGGCACCUCUGGGCACCAUGCCGAAGCUCGGCGUCUUCAAGUCUUCGAGCGCCGCGACACCAACACCAGCCGCCAACCCCCCCAAGACCAGAAUUGUUCUCAAGUCGAGCAGACCUGCGGCGCCAUCUACGCCCACCCCUGCGGCGCCGCCACCACCUCCUCCGCCGGCGCCUGAGGAGGACGAGACGGAGGAGGAGGACGAGACGGCCGAGCCAUACACGGAAGCCCCCUACCUGGAGCGGAUCAAGAGCGAGGACAGAGGUCGUGCCGAAGGCAUCAAUUACAGGGAGACGACUCCUGCAGUGAGUGCACCCUCGCGCUCACAUGGCUCUUUUUCUUCGCGUGACGUGGAGGCGGGCAACUGGGGUCCGGGCAGGAUGUCGCAGGUGUCGUCGGCCGACCGCAGAAGUCAGUCCCGGGCAAGCGCCUCAUCGCAUCCUUCUCAUCAUCAUCAUAUUCAGCAGCAACCGUCCACAAGCAGUGCGUCUCGUGAGGAUGAUUUGAAAAAGAUCACGGCCAAGGUGGUGGAGGCUGCGGUUGAGGCAGCGCUGCAGUUUUGUCGCUACCCCACUGCCUGGGCCCUGCGCACCCUCUACGAUGAAAAUUGCACUAGCCUGGAAUUUCUCACCAUGAUCGAGAAGGUGUUCAUGCAGAAGGCGGACGCACCCACGCUCAGCAAGUUUGCUAAGGAUAUCCAGAAGAAAAAGAAGGAGGGCAAGGCCUCCAACCAGGGAUUCCAAUACUUUUUUGGCCACGAACAAACCUCGAUCCCGCCGGCGAAGCCUGCGCCCUACAACCAUCUCAUCAACUUUGGCGUGUCGCUUCUUCACUUUAAGGAAUCAGAACCAGCCCCCAAGACCGAGAGGCAAUCGACGUUCGAUCGUCAUACUGAACAGCCCGAGCCUGAGCCAGAAACUCGAACAGUCCCAGCCCCAGCCUGUGCAUCACCACAGCAGCAAGAGUCGCCAGCGCAGCCAGAGCCGGCGCAGGAACCGGUGCAGCUGCCAUUGCGGGAAGCGACACCACUUCCCGCCGCUGUCGCCGAGAGCCCCCCGGUUGUUGAAGACUCUGUCGGGCCUCUCCCGUCAGACCCAGAGCCUGUUGGCACCACAGCGCCCGAUACCGAGCCAGAGCAGACGCCUGAGCUCCCACAGCGCAACGAGCCUCAGGUUGAGCCGGAGCGUCAAGAGGACAAAGAGCCAGAGGAGCCCCCUCGCAAGAAACGAAAAUCAGCUCGACAUUCAGAGGCGACAUCCAAAAAGAUGAUGGAAGCAGCCGCCGCCGCCAGCGCGACGACGACGACGACCCAAGAGGUCGACGGCAAGCUGGUCGCAGAGACACCGCGCCGCCGCACCAGAGCGACGUCUCAUUCCAGCACAUCAACGCUAUCCACGGCACGCUCACUGUCACUGACACCUGUAGCAGCCCGGCAUCAGGCGAUUGAAAAUGAAGAGGAGGCCCUGGUCUCCGAUGCGCCUCCUUCGCGCAACAGCCCUGCCCCGGCCCAGCCAAUCAAUGGCAAGCGGCGUCGGUCCAAUGCACCACGCAAGAGCAAGGGCGGGAACGUGUCACCCUCCCGGCGCUCGUCUGUUGCUUCGGCUGCGCCGCGUCCUGUUCAGUCGGCCAGCAACUCCCGCCGCCAGACGCCAGCCGUUGACCAGUCGCUUGUCGAUGAGGAGCCCUACGACCCCGGCGCCACCGUCGACACAUUCAUCACCAGCCUGAACGGCAAGAAGAACAAGCCCGCCAUCGUGUUUACCAGCAAGGUCGGCAAGCUUGACGAGAACGACGAAAAGACUCAGCGUCGUCGCCAGGCCAAGGAAGUCACCAACGGCAAGAUUCUUGAGGAUGCCAUCACGAAGAAGGAUGCCAGCGGUCAGUGGGAGUACAGCAACGCUCGAGGGCUCGUCGACCAGCCUUUAGCCGAUGAAUCCAUGAUGACGAUGGAGACACCCAACGCGUUGGCCACACGGCUGCGGGCCACUCUACCCGCCUCCCGCUCUACCCCGGCUGCUCGGGAAGGCAGAAGCACCCGGUCUGCCCGGAAGCGAUCUCAUGAUGAGGUUGAAGAUCCAACGUCGCCCAUCACGCCAGGCUUUCCCAACUCAGCCGCGCCUUCUACUGCCGCCAACUCACGUGCUGGCACACCUGCCACUCUGCGCCCUGCCAAGAAGGCCCGCACCGGGCUCAGAGUUAAGAAUUCGCCCAUGAAGAAAAAGACGGGUCCCUUGGCAGGUAUUCCCCGUCCCAGCGGCGAGCGGAGCAGUCCCGUCGGCAACGGUCCCGUCGGCAAUCCUCAGAAAGAGGUAACUAACCAUGCACAGGAUGACAACGACGAUUAUUGCGCCUCUUGCAGCAGCAACGGCGAGCUCAUCUGCUGCGACGGCUGCACCCGGUCGUUUCACUUCAAUUGUGUCGAUCCCCCGUUGGCACGAGAUGCGAUGCCUAACGAGUGGUUUUGCAACGUGUGCCGCAUGACGCGCGAACUGCAACCUUUCCGCGAGCACACGGGAUCCUUUGCCCUGCUUUUUGAGAAGCUCGAGGCCAAGAACUCGACCGCUUUUGCCUUGCCGCCCGACAUCCGUAACUGCUUCGAGGGAGUCCGCACAGGACCCGAGGGCGAGUAUGAGGAGAUUCUGCCAGUCGUCAAGACUGCUCGCAAGAAGAAGAGCGAUGAAGAGGCGCCUGAUUUCUUCAGGCUCCGCGAUGCCGAGGGCAAUGCUGCCAUCUGCCACAGCUGCCAGAAACACAGCGCUUCGGACCGCGCCAUUAUCCCGUGCAGCGCCUGUGGUAUCUUUUGGCAUCUCGACUGCCUAGAUCCGCCCUUGGCCAACCCCCCAGUCCUGCGCACGUGGAAGUGCCCUCUCCAUAUUGACGAGCUCUUGGCUGAGAUGCCCGAGGUGCUCGCUCCUGCCCACCGGGUCCGCAAGCCCAAGACGGCCGGUGUGAUUCGGCCUGCUUUCAGCCGCGGCUUCAUCAACGACGGCUACAUCGACGUCGCUCUCGAGGAAGACACGCCCGCCAGCAGCUGGCGGAACAGCGAGGCGUACGGCCGCACUGGGAAGCCUAUCCCGCCAUUGAAUGCGGCAACGACCCCAGCCGUUCCGCUUACGCAACGGACUCUUGAGGAGCAGCAAGCCGUUCGCAACCUGGCCCAGCUCAGCGGCCAGGGGACUGCCCCCAUCACCACCUUGAUCGAUACACUGAUCGCCCAGGCCGACCCAUGCGUCGUCAAUCUCAUGUCUCGUGGGAGCGCCGAUCACUUCCAGUCCGCCGAGCAGCUCACUCGGAUGGACCAGCAGAGCUUGCGCGCUAUGCUGGCCCAGGCCGAGGUCAUGUCGCAGCAAAUCCGGCAGCUCCUCAGCUCUGGCGCCAACGGGACUGCACCUGCGGUUCCUAGCCUGACGACCUCGAUGUCCAUUGAUGGCGACUCCGAGGCCGACAAAGUGGCUCCAUCCCCGGCUGCCACCGAUGAUGUCCCCGCCAUGACCCAAGGCGAAAAGACGCCUGCCCUGGGCGACCAAUCUCCCGAGGCUCCCCUGGAGGAGAACCCAAGCAAGGAUGCCAACUUGCCGACCACACCGACCAAGGCCACCUCGGUCGGAACCGAGCCCGCCAUCGUUGAAUCCAACAGCGAUGACAAGAACUCGGUCGACGGGGACGUCAUGGACCUCGAGUAG